AUGGUAAAGAAGGGCAAGGUGAAGGCCCCCGCGCCUGCACCAAGCCAAACCUCUGCAGCAUCCAAGGAUGGGAAUGGGAGUGGUAAAGGCAAAAAGGGACAAAAAGCAGCGGAUGCCGCUCCUGAGUUGCUGCCGCCGGCACCUCCCAAGCCGACGGUGAAGCAGAUCAUCGGAGGCUCGUCGUGGACAGGCAAGCUGCCGGUCAAUCUGCUGAGCGAGUAUUGCCAGAAGCAGAAAUGGGACAAGCCGGUGUAUGACACGCGGAAGACGGCCGAGGGCUUCUCUGUCUGGGUGACGCUGAGUGCCAAAGACAUCAAGACGCAACAGCUCAUCACCUUGGAGCCGUUCAAAAUCCCUCUAACGCACAAGCAUCUGCUCCUGAGGGACACGGCAUUGGAGGCCAAGCAUGCGGCUGCGACGUAUGCCCUGUUCAGGGUGUGCAGCAUGCAGAACAAGCACACGGUUCUCCCCCCGGAUUACAAGUCCCUAUGGAAAGAUUUCCAAGCGCUCAAGACUCAAGAUGUCAAGGACGGAAAAGCUUGGAUGUACGAGGCUGACCCCUUCAAGACCCUGCUUGAACGUCAGGAUGCUAAGGCUGCUGCGGAGAAGAAGCGCAAGGAGGUUGAGCAGGCCAAGGCCAAGGCUAAGGAGCUACCCGGAGCGGCAGGCCUGGUGCUGCUGAGCAACACGGGAUCUGUAUCCAAUGCGAUGAAAGGCUGGACGACGGUGCCCAAAGUCGAAAUGGGCAGGCAAACCAGGAUUCAGCUGGAGUCGCUGCUGAGAGACGGCGUGACUUGGAACCCCCAUGGCGUGACCAUGCCUCCAGCUGAGAAGAAGAGCGUUGUGUCGGAGCUCGGCAAGCUUGGUUUCCGCCAGAGCCACGUAGAGGAAGCUGUGGGAUACUGCAAGGACCGGCAAGAAACCCUAGAGUGGCUCUUGAUUCACGUUCCCGAAGAUGAUCUUCCGCGGUGGGCUCUUCCGGAGAAGUACUCGGCUGGCGUGACCAUAGGAGCUACAGAUCUGAGGAGAGAAGGUAUCAUUCAGCGUCUUUCGCAGACCGGAUACUCUGUGGAGCUAUGUACUCGCGUGUUGGAUGAUCACGGCGGCAAUGAAGAUGCCGCUGCCGAAACGCUACAGAAUAUUCUCUUCCCCGCUGCUACGGCAAGCCAAGAGGGUGCCGAAGAAUCAGGGGGCGACUUUUUAGACUUUGGGACACCCCAGGAGCAGUGGGAUGAGGAGGUGACUACAUUGGAGUCCAUCUACGGCAAUAGCUUCCGCCGAGACGGCGAUAGCAUCAUUCAAAUCCGCCUUGAUGGAGUAAAAGACGCGCAAAACGGAGACGUGGAAGCCUUUUUACAAGUCCGCAAGGGUUCGAGCUAUCCACGACACAUCAUUCUUGCUAUCAUUGCUAAGCUGCCCUCAUACAUCAAGCUCAGUAUAGUAAAGCGGAUGCUGGCACACAUCGAGGAGGAUCUCCGAGACGAGCCGACCAAGAUAUAUCUCACCGUAGACUGGGUCCAGCAGAACAUCAACGACAUCAUUGCCCACCCAGGCAAGCUUCUAGACAUAUCGGCAGUCUCCUCUGCCGCCUCUGAGACGCGACCAGCGAAAUCGGUGGCCAAGAGCAAGCGCUCUCGGGGUCCGCCAAGGCCUCUCAAAUGGAUUGUCGACGCAAAGAGCAAAGAAGAAUGGCUUCGUCGGCAGGGAAGCCCGUCACAGAAGGACAUGGUCACGAAGCGCCAGGCCCUACCCGCUUGGCAAAUGCAGGAUGCCAUUGUGCAAACGGUGAACAAGAAUCACGUCACCAUCAUCAGUGGUGAGACUGGUUCAGGAAAGUCGACGCAAUCCGUUCAGUUUCUCCUGGAUGACCUAUACGAAAAGGGGCUCGGAGGAUGCGCAAACAUGAUUGUCACCCAGCCACGGCGAAUUUCGGCGCUGGGACUGGCUGAUAGAGUGGCGGAUGAGCGAUGCUCACGAGUGGGAGGCGAGGUGGGAUAUGCCAUUCGUGGCGAGUCCCGACAGUCAAGAGAUACUAGGAUUACCUUUGUCACGACCGGUGUGUUGCUCCGAAGACUUCAGACAUCCGGUGGUCGAGUGGAUGAUGUCGUGGCAUCUCUGGCCGAUGUCAGUCACAUCAUUAUCGACGAAGUUCACGAGAGAAGUCUUGACACAGACUUCCUUUUGAAUCUGCUUCGUGAAGUCAUGAUCAAGAAGAAGGACAUGUUGAAGCUGAUACUCAUGUCGGCGACGCUUGAUGCCGCGACUUUCAAGAGCUAUUUUGAAACCGAGGGGCUGAGCGUCGGAGCCGUCGAGAUUUCCGGCCGAACAUUCCCCGUUGAAGAGUACUACCUUGAUGAUGUGGUUCGUAUGACAGGCUUCGGAGUUGAUGGACCUGACGAUGGAAGCUUCAUUGGCGACGAGACGAUGGGCAAGGUUAUUCAAAAACUGGGCCAUCGAAUCAACUAUAGCUUGAUUGCCGAAGCCGUCAAGGCGAUUGACUACGAGCUAUCGUAUGAGAAGAAAACGGGAGGUAUCCUCAUCUUUUUGCCCGGAGUUGGGGAGAUUAACCAGGCCUGCAACAAUCUCAGGUCCAUCAACUCACUCCACGUUCUCCCACUACACGCUUCGCUCGAGACGAAGGAGCAGAAGAGGGUGUUUAGCAGCCCUCCUCCUGGCAAGCGAAAGGUGGUCGUAGCUACAAACGUGGCAGAAACUUCCAUCACGAUUGACGAUAUCGUAGUUGUGAUUGACAGUGGAAAGGUCAAGGAGACUAGUUUUGACCCGCAGAACAACAUGAGAAAGUUGGAAGAAACGUGGGCCUCGCGAGCGGCAUGCAAACAACGACAGGGCAGAGCUGGUCGUGUGCAAGCAGGUAAAUGUUUCAAGCUCUAUACUCAGAAUCUGGAGCAGAACAUGGCACCUCGGCCGGAGCCGGAGAUUAGACGAGUACCUCUUGAGCAACUGUGUCUGUCAGUACGAGCCAUGGGUAUGAAGGAUGUAAUUCGAUUCCUCGGGCGAUCUCCCACUCCUCCGGAAAUACCGGCAAUCGAAGGCGCCAUGACACUACUGCGGCGCAUGGGGGCUCUGGAUGGAGACGAGCUCACUGCCAUGGGACAGCAGCUGGCCAUGCUGCCAGCAGAUUUACGAUGCGGCAAACUCAUGGUAUUUGGCGCCAUUUUCGGUUGCUUGGACGAUUGCAUCACCAUUGCCGCUAUCCUGAGCACCCGGAGUCCCUUCUUUUCGCCUCAGGAGAAGAGGGAUGAAGCUCGGGAGGCUAGAAUGCGCUUCUACACAGGAGAUGGCGACCUGCUGACCGAUCUAGAGGCUUUCAACCAGUGGGAUGACAUGAUGAAGGAUCGAGGAACGCCGCAGCGCCAGAUCAGAGCCUUUUGCGAUGAAAACUUUUUAUCCUUCCAGACGUUGACGGACAUUUCAAAUACGAGGAGCCAAUACUACGAUGCUUUGACAGAAAUAGGCAUGGUUUCUCCUUCUUCUCAGACGUCUGGUUCUCGAAACGCUCUGCUGCUACGAGCACUUGUCGCGUCAGCAUUUACGCCGCAGAUUGCGCGGAUUCAAUACCCUGACAAGAAGUUUGCGAGCUCCAUGUCCGGAGCGGUCGAGCUGGAUCCCGAGGCGAGGGCGAUCAAAUACUUUUGCCAGGAGCCCGGCCGAGUGUUUGUGCAUCCCAGCAGCACGCUGUUUGGCAGCCAGGGGUUUUCUGGGAAUGCGGCGUACAUGUCGUACUUUAGCAUGAUAUCGACCACCAAGAUUUUCAUCCGGGACCUGACUCCUCUGAAUGCGUACACGCUGCUCAUGUUCUGCGGGCCCAUCGAGCUCGAUACUCUGGGCCGUGGUCUCUUGGUUGACGGAUGGCUCCGACUCCGGGGUUGGGCUCGUCUGGGAGUUUUGGUGGCCAGGCUGAGGGCCAUGGUGGACAAUCUGAUUGCUGACAAGGUGGAGAAUCCGGGGUUGGAUCUGACGGGGAACAAGAUUAUUAAGUUAGUGAUUAAGAUGAUUGAGCUGGACGGGCUAGAUGCUUGA